AUGGAAGGGGUUGAGCACGGUGGAAGCAAUGUGGAAUUCAGAGAAUGUUGGAACAGAGCAAGAGGUUCACCAUACAUUAUGCGCCUUGCUUUAUCAGCAGGCAUUGGAGGUCUUCUAUUUGGCUAUGACACAGGUGUCAUCUCUGGAGCUCUGUUAUACAUCCGAGACUACUUUGAAGAAGUUGACAAGAAAACAUGGCUACAGGAAACGAUUGUAAGCAUGGCUGUCGCAGGAGCCAUCAUUGGUGCUGCAUUUGGAGGAUGGAUAAAUGACAAAUUUGGGAGAAAAAAGUCGAUUAUAGUAUCUGAUGUUUUGUUCUUUCUCGGUGCAAUAGUUAUGGCUUUUGCACCGUUUCCGUUGAUCCUCAUUAUUGGGAGAAUCUUAGUUGGUUUGGGAGUUGGUAUGGCAUCCAUGACUGCACCUCUGUACAUCUCAGAAGCUUCUCCUCAUAACAUCAGAGGAGCUCUAGUCUGUGUCAAUGGUCUGCUUCUCACAGGAGGACAAUUUCUGUCUUACCUUAUCAAUUUGGCAUUCACCAAGGUACCUGGAACCUGGCGAUGGAUGCUUGGGGUGGCAGGAAUUCCUGCUGUGCUUCAGUUUGUAUUGAUGUUGUCUCUCCCUGAGUCACCCAGAUGGCUCUACCGUCAGGGGAAGGAAGAGGAGGCAAGGAACAUCCUGUUGAGAAUCUAUCGGCAAGACGAAAUUGAAGAAGAGAUGAGAUCAAUGCAAGAGUCUGUUCAAGCUGAGAAGGAGGAACACUCGAAUGGCCAAAAGAAUUUGGCAAAAAGAUUGAAGGAUGCUUUUAGCAAUGAUGUAGUUCGAAGAGGUCUAUAUGCUGGCAUCACUGUUCAAGUUGCUCAGCAGUUUGUGGGCAUUAACACACUCAUGUAUUACAGUCCAACCAUUGUUCAGUUCGCUGGAAUUGCAUCUAACUCAACAGCUCUUGCACUUUCUCUCAUUACAUCAGGUCUCAAUGCUGUUGGUACUGUCAUGAGUAUGGCAUUCAUCGAUAGAUAUGGAAGGAGAAGACUUAUGCUCAUUUCCCUGGUUGGAAUCAUUGUUUGCCUCGUCGUUUCAAGUGCUGUCUUUUUCCAGGCAGCUAAACAUGCCCCUGCAGUUAGUGACCAAGACACCCUCAGUUUUGGAACCAACUCUACAUGCCAGCCUUAUAUAAAUGCUCCUAAAUUCCCUUCCUGGAACUGCAUGCAAUGUUUGCAUGAAGACUGUGCCUUCUGUGCCAACAGCGACAACGAAUAUCAUCCAGGUGCAUGCCUGUCUGCAGAAAAGAGUGUAAGAGGAGAGUGCCGUGCAGAGAAACGAGUAUGGUUUUCUAAGGGUUGUCCAAGCAAAAUUGGAAUCUUAGCUGUAGCAGUGCUGGGAUUGUAUAUUCUAGCAUACUCUCCAGGAAUGGGAACAGUGCCUUGGGUUCUGAAUUCAGAGAUAUACCCUUUGAGAUACAGAGGUUUAGGUGGAGGUAUAGCUGCAGUUUCCAACUGGUGUGCUAAUCUUAUUGUGAGUGAGUCAUUCUUAAGCAUGGCUGAGACUCUUGGUGCAGCCGGCACAUUCCUACUUUUUGCUGGGUUCUCCGUCAUUGCAUUGAUAGCAAUCUAUGCAUUAUUGCCAUGUAAGAGUAGCUUUAAUGAUAUGGAGGACAUCACAAUAAAAGGUGCUUCUCUUCUUGCCUCCUCAAAUAAUUAAUGAAAUGGCAUUUAAUUCAUCUUGGAAAUCUCUACAAGAGUGGGUAGCUUCACUUCACAU